AUGGGUUGCAUGGGAUCAAAACGAGAUAAAGUUUUAGGUAUUCCACAUGGUCAACAAAAUCCGAUUUCAAAGGACUCAUAUGCAACGUUACCAGACAAGUUAAUUACGAGUAACACAUCUGAAUUUCAAAGCACCUUAAUUUCAUGUAGUACACCAGAACCCACGAACCAAACAUUUCCUACUAACCGUUUACCGAAAACAUCAAGCCAUUUUCAAAACAUAUACAACGCAAAUCUUGAUGCUCUGAAUGACUACGAAAAAAUCAAUGAAGUUUUGUCGGAUAAUGUAAACACUCUGCAAAAUACUUCAGACUUUUAUUCAUCUGACUUUACCAAUUAUCCAACGCUUUUAAGAAAUACAGCAUCUAUUUUAAACACAACAUCUUCAACUAUGCGUCCCACACAUUCUACAGAUCAUUAUCGUUUUACAACAGAAGGUACUGCAAGUAUCUCUUGUAAACAUCCAAACUUGAAUAUCCUGCAUUCUUUCUUUUCAUCACACAUGGAUUUACCAGGCUACAAUGUUGCGGCCAAAUUUCAAUAUAUUAACCAAUCAUUCCCAUAUAAUUCGAAUAAUAUUAUUAGUGCCGGUGAACGUACACAAAUUUUUGAUGAAUGUAUUGAACAAGAAAGUGCACCCGUCAUAAAAGUCACUAAUCAUUUUCAUCUUAGUUGUAAAACAACACGUUUUGAUACAAAAUUCAAAAGGAUUAAUUACCGCGCGACUGAUUUUGUCGAUUGCAUCGAUUUAUGCGAGAGGACAUCUCCCCGCACAUGUUUAACGAAAUUUAUUUAUAUUUUACCUGAAGCAAACUGUGAAAUAUCUCACUUAUCAUCUUUUCCUCUUCUAAAACCCGAAUUUAUUUUACAGGAAGAUAAGAUAGAAAAGCGUAAUCCUUUAAAAAUCAGACAAAGAACUCAAUAUUUAAAUAAUACAGCACCACUACAUGAGAUAGGAAUUGAACGUAAAAUUUCCUAUUCUACUAGUCAUCAAGAUAAUCAAUCACCUACACACUUUUUGACACUACCACAUAAAAAAUCUUUAUCGGUGGAAUCACUUCAACCAAAUUUUUUUAAAAUUCAAGACGAAAAGUAUAAUUUAGCUGAAAUAAUAGAGCCAGAUGUUAUACCAGCUGAAAAGGAUUCUUGCUUAAGUUGGACUCAGCUAACAGACAGACACCUAGCGGAAACAAACGAAGAUAUUUUGCACUUACGUUUUUCAAAAAAAAACGCACUGCUCGUUAAUUAUUUAUCGUCGGAAAAUUGCCUAGAGUUGCCUUCUCUGCAACAAGAGUCAGUCAUCGACACUUGUUGCGAUUCAUUACACACAACAGGUUUAUUAUUAUAUUUCCAAAUAUUUCAUAUAUGUAUUUUUGGAUAG